UCAGUGCUGUCACUGUCACCCUGGCAUUUAUUCUUUCUUGGUCAAAAAAUCAAAAUACGGACGAAAAACACUUAGUUUAUUUUAUUUUGUUCUAAUUUUUAAUAAAAUAAAAAUACAUUAAAAUAAUCAUGUUCCGAAGCAAUAUGUUAACUCGUAUGCUGUGGCGUAAUCGACAAACAGUAAAAGUGUUAAAUGCCACACGAUCCAGUCCGAUUCUUUGUUCCCACGCGGUAGUAAAUAUCCGAGAGCAAGGUACAGGCACAGUUGCUAUUGAAGACAGCUAUGUGAAGAAGUUCAUGAAAGCCGUGGGCUUGAUGGAUCAGUCUAGGACUCGCCUGAAGCUAUCGGGCUACUUCCUCUACGAGUCUGUCCCAGCUCAAGUGAACUACGUGGAGUGGUUCAGCAAGUGUGAGAUCGAGGACACCUUCUCCUCCUGGUUCUAUAUUACCGAGCUACAUGUGUGGCUUCUCAUGGUCAGAUGCAUGGCCGAGGAUGCCACUAAUGCAGCUCAGAAGGAGAGAUAUGUGAAAGGAGACGGAUGGUUCAUCAGGAACUGCAUUGUGGAGGCUCUGUGGGCUGAUGUGUCUAACAGGAUCAAGUUACUGGAUGGUGCAAAUCCAUCAAUAGCCAGGAAGCAAGUGUCAGAGUUGUCGGAGCAGUUCCAAGCGGCCCUGGUGGGGUACGACGAGGGUCUGGACGACGACCGGAUCCUCGCCGCUGCCAUAUGGAGGAGGUUCUAUGGAAUGUCACCCAAUGUCGCCCCGGAGAAUGUUGAGAAAAUUGUGCAGUUUGUCCGGCAUCAGAUGGCAAACCUGGACAAGUUAUCGAGUGAGCAGCUGAAGAAGAGUCCUAAAAUCGAUUGGUUAAGUAUAGUAAACUAGUUAUAUUCUUUUAGUGUAGUGUGAUA